AUGGCUAUCGUGGUCUCUCUCUGCAGGGUGUUCUUCCUUAAUGUGCCAUUGGAUUCCAUCCUAGAGCGACUGACACUGAGAAGGACUGACCCUGUCACAGGAGAAAGGUUCCAUCUUAUGUACAAGCCUCCUCCCACUAUUGAGGUCCAGGCCCGUCUCCUGCAGAACCCCAAGGACUCAGAGGAGUAUAUCAGGCUUCGAACGGACCUGUUCUACAGGAACUCUGGGGAUCUGGAGCAGUACUACCAGCGGGCUAUCACUGUCAACGCAGACCAGGACCCAUACACAGUCUUCGAGUACAUAGAGAGCGGGAUCAUUAAUCCUCUGCCCAGGAAAGUGACCUGAUACGUGCAAAGCCAGGAGCAAGCCCUGGAGACACUAGAAUCCUCUGCCCAUGACCUUCAGCAGACAUCCACCCUACCCUCCACCCCCCAAAACCCCGCCAAUAAAAAUGCUAGACACAACCUCA